AUGGGACAAGACAAGGUCAAACGCGACUUCCAGGAGCAGGAGGUGUCAAACUGGGUUCUGGAAGAUGUCAACAGCAAACCGCUGCAACUUGUAGCCGAGGUCAAGCCACGUAAGAAGCUCCAUGUCCACAGCGAAGCAAAAGAGUCCGACGCCGACAAGGAAAAACUUGUUGUGCAUGAUGAAAAGGUCAUUGGCAAGACUUUCAAGGAACUUGGGGUCCCAGAGUGGCUGAUAGAUUUGGCAGCCAGUCUAAGAAUCACCACGCCUACCAAAAUCCAGGAGCUGUGUUUACCAGCGGCGCUCAAGGGUGAUAACGUUAUCGGAUGUGCGCAGACCGGAACAGGUAAAACAAUAUGCUUCUGUUGGCCCAUACUUAUCGCACUGGCAAAAGAUCCCUACGGGGUAUUUGGGCUCGUCCUCACAGGAUCAAGGGAACUCGCAUUCCAAAUCGGAGACCAGUUCAACAUCUUUGGCGUUCAGAUGAACAUCAAGAUUUGCGUCUGCGUGGGGGGUGUGGACAUCGUGCAACAAUCGCUGGAACUGGAAGCGCGGCCGCACGUCGUCAUAGCCACGCCAGGCAGACUGGCUGAACAGGUUGCCGUUAAGGAACGCAAUAUCGCAAAAGUAUUUGCAAAAGUCAAAUACUUAGUCUUUGAUGAGGCGGAUAUACUACUGCACCAGUCCUUCGAAGAACCCUUGCAAAGGGUAAUCAGUUGCAUCCCCUCGACGAAGGAUGGGAGGAUUACAUACCUCUUCUCGGCCACCAUAACAAAGGCUAUACGGGCACUAUGUGACUCGUUCCAGGGUGUUCAGUUUCACUUCUUCGACGUGACAAAGGGUCAAGAGGCUUCGUUCCGCGAUCUGGAACUCAAGCAACACUACCUCUUCCUCCCGCAGCAUGUCCACCUGCCGUACCUCGUGCACAUCCUUCAGACGCAACUAAUGGAAAACGAAACGGACCAAGGGAUCAUAUUCACUGCUACUAAGCGGCGUUGCCAGCUUGUGUCGGUGGCUCUGGAUCUCAUGGAUUUCAAGGUCACGUGCAUACACUCACUGAUGAAACAACGGAAAAGAAACGCCUGCCUCGCAAAGUUCAGAACUGGUGUUUCCAAAAUUCUAGUUGCCACGGACCUCGUCGCAAGAGGUAUCGACAUUCAGGCGGUCUCAUUCGUCGUUAACCUCGAUUUCCCCGGCACGACGGAGGAUUACAUACACAGAGUCGGGAGAACGGCAAGGUCAGGGAAGAGCGGCGUGGCGAUAUCUUUUAUCGACGAAGAUGACGUGGAUAAGCUAAAGAAAGUGGAAGAGGAUGCGAAAGUCACACUCACAAAACUGGAGGUCGACGACACCCAGGCAGUAAAACUGCUAAACAAGGUAUCAAUAGCCACACAACGAGCAAGGGUAUACCUCCAAGAAAAUAACUACUGGCAAGACAAAUAG